AUGACAAUGUACCAGCAAAAGUAUAGUCAACCUAUGCAAAACUUGGUGUUCAAACAGAACAUAGCGUGGAAUGAAACCUGGAAACUACGCUCACUUGAUGAGCUCGAAGAGGGUGAAAUCAAAACUGGGGUGCCAAAGAGUGUUCAGCAUCGACAUGACGAUGAAGAGGAUGAUGAUGAGGUUGAAGAUGAUGAAGAUGAUGAUGGUGAUGAUGAUGAUGAUGAUGACGAUGAUGAUGAUGAUGAUGAUGAUGAUGAUGAUGAUGAUGAUGAUGAUGAUGGUGAUGAUGGUGAUGUUGAUGAUGAUGAUGACGAUGAUGUUUGGGCUCACCAGGCAGGCGAUAAGAACAUCAGACAAGCAUCACAUCCGGUUCGAUUUCUCCCUCAUAGCGAUUCCACCAAUUUCCGAACUAUUUUUGCAACAGAUUUACAAUCCAAUACGACCUCGGGUAAAGUAAAUCGGGCGGACUUAGACAGAAUCGCUUCCAAGCUUUUCCCCACUGAUGGGAGACUACUAGAGGUCAGCGUAACUCGCGAGGGAUGUGAGCAAGACCUCAAGAAAACGGGCUUGUCGGAUAUAAAGAAUCCCACAUCUGUUGAGCAUAUUUCCAAAGCUAAUCGCUUUGGAAUUCAAUCCAAUAUGCGUACAAUCAUUUUCACCAUCAGUACCAACACUGAUGUUGCCGUCUUUGAUGAUGAUGCUGAUGCUGAUGAUGAUGAAGUUGAUGAAGACAAAGCUGGAGAUGACGAUGAUGAUGGUGAAUAUGAUGGUGAAAACUACGAUGAGGGUGAUGCCGAGGAUGAUGUUGAUAAUGGUGUUGAUGUUGAUGGUAAUGAUGAUGAUGAAAAUGAUGAUGAUGAUGCCGAUGAUGAAGAUGAUGAUGAUGAAGAUGAUGAUGAUGAUGACAAUAGUGAUAUUGAUGAUGAUGAUGACGAAGAUGAUUAUCAGGAUGAUGAGGACAAUGAUGAUGACGACUAUGAUGAUGAAGAUGAUGAUGAUGAUUGA